ACAUACAACGUCUGGUGCACAAUGCACAAUCCUCCUCUUGAUCGCUAACUCGCUAAGAUAUUUUAGCAGACAACCGUAUGAAAAUCUCAUGAAGGGCAACCAGUGGCCAAGAGCAACAAAUCAAACCACACCAUCAUCAACAUCCUUCCAUUCUUCACUUUUUGAUGAAUCUUUUCAACCAUGGGUCUGGGUUUCAGGCUUAACUUGAAAUGGGGUCUCUCCAUUCAACCUCCUCUUUCAUCCAAUUCCUCAUUCUUCCCCUCCUCAACGUAUGCAUCCUUUAAAGGCAAAGACAUUAAUUAUGACAUGGCAAGGGUAUCUCUCCCAAUGGAAAGUGAGACUUCUUACAAUGAUCCUGUUAACGGAAAUGCAUGUUCAUCUACGUCCCGGAUCUUGGACAUUGAUUACUCAGAAACUGGCAAUAUCAAGAGGAGUGGUGGCAGUUCAUUACGACAUGAUAAAUUAACAUUCCUUACAAGCUUACAAGCAAACAAUAUAUCGCAAUAUAGGUUACUCUUGGAAAAUCUUGUUGUGUUGGAGGAUACAUUUGCUGAUUCAGAUGUGGUAACUCUAGAACGAGACAUACUGGUUCAAUUAGAAAAGCUUGGAGCUUUGAGGCUUCUCCGUACUUCUUUUUCUGAAAUACAAAAACACCCAUUUUCAACUAACUCUAUAAAUGAAGGAAUUGUCAAGCCCAUUGUGCCAUCUACAAGAAAGAUACAAAGAAAGUCCCAAAGAGAACGAACAUCAAAAAAGGGCAAUGGUGUUCCGAUGGGUUUUCGUUCAGAAGCCAUCAAACAUAAGAAUUCAAGACGGGUAAACUUUUCGUCAAGAAGAUCAUCAAAUUCUAAAGCUGGAAGACUCAAAAUCACUAGGAAUGAGGCAGAACUAUCACAAGGGGUUAAGAUGGUUGCUAAUCUGGAGAGGAUUAGAAUGAUGUUGGAAGAAGAUACGGGGCCCAUGGUUAGUUUUAGUAGUUGGGCGGCAGCUGCUGGAAUCGACAAGAAAGUGUUGCUUGAAAACUUGCAAUUUGGCUGGUGUUGUAGGGAUGAGCUUUUGAAAAGUACACGAUCGCUGGUUAUAUACAUUGCGAAGAAUUACAACGGGCAAGGAAUAGCCUUCAAAGAUUUAAUCCAGGCAGGAAAUGUUGGUGUUCUUCAAGGCGCAGAACGGUUUGACCGCAGUAGAGGAUACAAAUUCUCGACUUACGUACAGUAUUGGAUAAAGAAAUCAUUGUUAAUGUUGCUUUCCCGGCAUUCUAGAGAGAUACGGAUUCCUUUGACAUUGAGCAAGGCUAUAAGUCAGAUACAGAAAGCCCGUAAGGCGCUAGCUAGCGGGGAUGGAAGAUGGCCAGAUGAUUGUGAGGUUGCCAAAUUCACAGGUCUUUCGUUGGCAAAAAUUGGAUCAGCUAGCAAUUGCCUUCGAGUUGUGGGUUCCAUCAAUCAGAACUUUUCGAAUGGCAUCGAUGCAAAGUUUUGGGAAUGUAUGCCUGAUCCAGCGGCGAUGACUCCUGAAGAAAUUCUGAUGAAGCAAGAUAUGAUGAACGAAAUAUACAACCGAAUGAGAGAUUUAGAUGCAAGGGAGAGGAUAGUGUUGGUUUUAAGAUUCGGGCUAAAAGGGUAUCAACGGAAAACACUCGAGGAGAUCGGGAGGUCGUUUGGAGUAAGCAAAGAAUGGAUUCGGAGAAUAGAAAGGAGAGCGUUAACGAAACUAAAAGUCGAUGAUGAAGAAACGCUACAAAGUUUAAGACAUUAUUUGUACAUAUAGUCUAUGAAGAACGAUGUCGAACCGACUACUAGUCGAUCUAGCGUUUUCUACCUUCUCUUUGUAAAGUUGCAACGCUCGUCUUCGUUAAUAAUAUUUCUUUCUUUUAUCUA